CGUUGGUUCGCUCCCUCCUCCGCCCGGGAAGCGGCGCGGGGGGACCGGCCGCGCUCGCCGCCGCCAUUUUAGGUGCCGCUGGCGGGCGGGGGAGGGAGGGGAGGAGGAGAGAAAAGGCGAACGGAGCGGGGCAGCGCUUCUCCUCCUCUUCCUCCUCCUCCUCCUCGGGGCCGAGCCGAGCCCUCCGCCCGGCGCACAGCGGAGCCCGGACCAGCGGGGGCGCCACAGCCGCCCGGCCAGCCGGGGCUGCGCGCUGCCCCGCACCGCUCCGCGCUGCCAUGCCGCCCGCCUCCUGCCUGCUGCUGGCCGCGCUGCUCUGCGGAGGAGCGGCGGCCGCGAGAGUUAACAAGCAUAAGCCAUGGAUUGAAACAACCUAUCAUGGAAUAAUCACAGAAAAUGACAACACGGUGCUUUUGGACCCCCCCUUGAUAGCCCUGGACAAAGAUGCACCUCUGCGGUUUGCAGAGAGUUUUGAGGUGACAGUCACCAAAGAAGGUGAGAUUUGCGGAUUUAAAAUUCACGGGCAGAAUGUUCCCUUUGAAGCAGUGGUGGUGGAUAAAUCCACUGGUGAGGGAAUAAUUCGCUCUAAAGAGAAGCUGGACUGCGAACUGCAGAAGGACUACACGUUCACCAUCCAGGCCUACGACUGCGGCAAGGGACCAGAUGGAGCCAACGCAAAGAAAUCCCACAAAGCAACGGUCCAUAUUCAGGUGAAUGAUGUUAACGAGUAUGCUCCCGUGUUCAAAGAGAAGUCGUACAAGGCGACGGUUAUCGAAGGGAAGAGGUACGACAGCAUCCUCAGAGUGGAAGCGGUGGAUGCGGAUUGUUCGCCUCAGUUCAGCCAGAUCUGCAGUUACGAAAUUGUAACUCCGGACGUACCUUUUGCUAUUGACAAAGAUGGUUAUAUAAAGAACACAGAAAAGUUAAAUUAUGGUAAAGAACAUCAGUAUAAACUGACAGUAACAGCAUAUGACUGUGGGAAGAAGAGAGCUGCUGAGGAUGUGUUGGUUAAAAUUAGCAUUAAGCCCACAUGCAAGCCUGGCUGGCAAGGUUGGAGCAAAAGAAUAGAAUACGAGCCCGGUACUGGUUCGUUAGCUCUCUUCCCCAGUAUGCGCUUGGAGACGUGUGAUGAGCCAAUAACCUCAAUUCAAGCAACGGUUGAGCUGGAAACCAGCCAUAUUGGUAAAGGCUGUGACAGAGACACCUACUCAGAGAAAUCCAUUCACAGACUCUGUGGUGCUGCUUCUGGCACCGCUGAGCUCCUUCCCCCUCCGAGCAGUGCUGCCAACUGGACCGUAGGGCUUCCCACGGACAACGGUCACGACAGCGACCAAGUCUUUGAAUUCAACGGCACCCAAGCUGUGAAGAUCCCGGACGGCGUUGUCACAGUCAACCUAAAAGAGCCCUUCGUGAUAUCAGUAUGGAUGAGGCACGGGCCUGGAACCAAAGAGAAAGAGACAAUUCUCUGCAAUUCGGACAAGACAGAUAUGAACCGGCACCACUACGCACUCUAUGUACACAACUGCCGACUUGUGUUCCUCUUCCGCCAAGAUCCUUCAGAGGGAAAGACAUACAAACCGGCUGAAUUUCACUGGAAAUUGAAUCAAGUGUGUGACAAAGAGUGGCAUCAUUACGUCCUCAAUGUUGAAUUUCCUGCAGUGACUCUUUAUGUAGAUGGUGUUUCAUACGAUCCUUUCCCAGUGACUGAAGAUUACCCGCUUCAUCCUUCUAAGAUAGAAACGCAGCUCGUGGUCGGAGCGUGUUGGCAAGAAUAUACAGGAAAUGAAAAUGACACUGAAACUGUGCCUGAGACCUCUGCAGGUGGCGAGCUCCACAUGGCUCAGUUUUUCCGAGGCAAUCUGGCGGGUUUGAUGAUCCGUUCUGGUAAACUGGAGAACAAGAAAGUGAUCGAUUGCCUGUACACUUGCAAAGAGGGGCUGGAUUUGCAGAUGCCCGACGGCGUUGGCAAAGGCGUGAAGGUCCAGAUGAACCCCAGUCAGUCGACCCUGACCAUCGAGGGGGACGACAUCGACAGGGUGGAUAAGGCCAUGCAGCACGUUUCCUACCUGAACUCUCGCCAGUUCCCAACACCUGGGAUUCGGAGGCUUAAAAUCACCAGCGUUGCCAAGUGUUUCAAUGAAGAGGCCUGUGUCUCCAUUCCUGCUGUGGAGGGGUACGUCAUGGUCUUGCAGCCAGAGGAGCCGAAAAUCAGCCUUAGCGGCAUCAACCAUUUCGCCCGCUCUGCUUCGGAGUUCGAGAGUUCCGAGGGCGUUUCCCUCUUUCCGGAGCUUCGCAUAAUAAGCACCAUCACACGGGAGGUGGAGCCGGAGGGAGAUGGAGAUGAAGAUCCUACAGUCCAAGAGUCCCUGGUGUCUGAAGAGAUCAUGCACAACCUGGACACGUGUGAGGUGACGGUGUUAGGAGAGGAACUAAAUCAGGAGCAAGAAAGCCUGGAGAUCGACAUGACCCGGUUACAGCAGAAGGGCAUCGAGAUGAGCAGUUCCAACCUGGGCAUGAUCAUCACAGGGGUUGAUACUAUGGCUAGUUACGAAGAAGUCUUGCAUUUGAUUCGCUACAGAAACUGGCACACGGUUUCGCUCUUUGACAGAAAGUUCAAAUUAGUGUGUUCCGAGCUGAAUGGCCGCUAUGUCAGCAACGAGUUCAAGGUGGAGGUGAACGUCAUCCACACCGCUAACCCGGUGGAACACGCUAAUCACAUCGCCGCGCAGCCGCAGUUCGUUCACCCCGUGCACCACACGUUCGUUGAUCUCUCUGGUCACAACUUGGCCAACCCUCAUCCCUUUUCAGUUGUUCCCAGCACAGCCACUGUUGUGAUUGUGGUUUGUGUCAGCUUCCUGGUGUUUAUGAUCAUUCUGGGCGUGUUCCGAAUCCGAGCUGCACAUCAGAGGACGAUGCGUGACCAGGACAGCGGGAAGGAAAAUGAGAUGGACUGGGAUGACUCUGCUCUGACCAUCACUGUGAACCCCAUGGAGACUUACGAGGAUCAACACAGCAGUGAAGAGGAAGAGGAGGAAGAGGAAGAAGAAAGCGAAGAUGGAGAAGAAGACGACAUCACGAGUGCGGAGUCCGAAAGCAGCGAGGAGGAGGAAGGGGAGCAGGAGGAGGACCAACAGAAUGUGAACAGACAGCAACAGCUGGAGUGGGAUGACUCUACCCUCAGUUAUUGAUUCUUGCUGUUCCUUUGUCUUUAUGUUUCUGCUCUAGAAGACUCCACUGUAACACACUCCAUUGUUACCAAGGAUCCAUGGUGUUUCAAACAAACAAAUCAUUCUGGCCAGUAGAUUGAAGGCAGACACAUCCCGUGGUAUGUCGCUAGCUCCCGAUGCUGUCCCCGCGUAGUUAGCGCCUCUCUCCUUCAGCCAGGCCUCAGGGACUGGAGGUUUUCUUUUUGACGCUAUGUAAGGAACCACCUUGCACUUUUUUCUUCGUGUCAUCUCAGCUAAGUGACUCUACAGGUCUGUAGCCAUUGCACAUGAGUUUCUGAACUGUCUUUGUUUGCUCGGUGAAGCAAACUCAGCUUUGUUCCUUUUUCUCUUUCCAAAAGAUGCAAAGAUUGCUUGUUGACAAAGGGUAAAGCUGCUCAUUUCAGCCUGUUCAUUUCUUUUAAUUUCCCCCCCCCCCCAAUUAGUGCAUGUGUAAAGUGGCAGAAUGAGGUUAAUAUGUUAGAAGAUUAACAGACUUUUUAAUAUUUUGUAAAUAUAUUGGAAUUAUGUAAUUAUGUCAUUUGUGGUAGUGAAAACAGGGGUUGGGGUUUAAAACAUGCUAAAGUAAAAAAUCACGAAGCAUGAACUAUUACAAGUCUCAUAGUGCUGCAGCAGGAGCACGGGCACCGUUCUCUAGUGUAGGUGUUUCAGUACUAAGUGUCAUUGGCCUUGACUGCCGUGUUCGCUCUGCCCCGCUCCGUUCUGCCCUUUUCCUUUAAUCUCCUUUAUUUUUGCAGAGGGACCAGACAAGCUUGUAAGAGAUUGUGAAGGCUUCAGGAACCUCCGCAGAGGUUCGGCUGCCCUGUGCAAUACAGUCGUUUCUUGGUUCUUUUUAUAGUCUUCUUUUUCUUUCUCCAAUUAAGUCUUGGCAGAAGGGUUUUUAAGUUAUUGGGAAAAAACACUACAUGGCCGGUGGGUACAUCAGCUGCUGGUGCUGUUGUGUUGCCACAGCUCCUGUUCAUUCCGGUGAGGCCGCCUGCAGCACAGCGAUGGUUAUGCUGCUGACAGGGUGGAUUAUUAAUUAAGUUGCUUGAUUGUUACAUUGGUAAUGAAGCUGGAAAGCCUGAGACCUGUGUACCUGGACACCUUGGCUACCGAUCUACAUCGAUGGGCUUUGUGGGUUGUUUUUGGCUGUUGUGUGUUUCUGAUUUGAUAGCAGGAGGGUUUGGGGCGUAACUGAUCUCAUUGCUGAUUAUUAAACACACUCCUGCUCAUUCCCUGUAGCCCCUUGUACAGUAACUUGGACUGUUGGUGUAUAAAACCUUUGUUUACACUUAGUUAUUGUGUUUUCCUGCUGGUAAAACCGAUAGCAUCAGUCAUCCAGCCAGAAGACCUUGGGAAUCAUGUUAAUGUUAUUACAAGUCCAGAUGAUUUUGGUUGUUUCUCAUCCAAGUUCUAACUUGGAAUGGCAAAGGACUUUGCUAAAGAAAUACCUGAAAGGUACGAAAGUAAGUUAUGACCCCAGGGUGGAGAACGCUAGGGGUUUUUUUGUAAGGCAGGUCUCACUUAUUUAACUUUAUUUGGUCUUACACAGAGCCUUGAAUAUUGAAUAUCUGCUUACUUGAUUUUUUUACGUUUGGAGGUGGAUUAAAAAGAGUAACUUGUUUUGCUUGUACCAGGAGACUGGGACCGCGUUCACUGCUCCGCACGGUAAGAACAGCUCCAGUUUUUGGCUCAUGUGCAGGGUCAGUGGUGCCGGGACGCAGGGAGCCCGCGCCCGGCCCCGGGGAACCCGCACCCGGCCCAGGGGAACCCACACCCGGCCCCGGGGAACCCGCACCCGGCCCCAGGGAACCCGCACCCAGCCCCAGGGGAGCCAUUCACAGGGAGGAAACAAAGAUGGAGCCAAACGUUGCGCCGGUUUUGAUUUCGGAGCAGACGUGUUGUCACCGCGCGGUGUGUGAACGGGAUCGCACGCCGGGUCUGCCCGGGGCCGCAGAGCGAGUGCCUUCACGGGUGAUGGGGACGCAGGGAGGGAACCCACACGACUCGCUGACCAUUUUAUUGGGGUUGGUUUGGUUGUUGGUUGUUUUUUUUUUUUAUGUAAAAUUUUAGAUUUCUAAAAUGGGGAAACGGUUUUGACUACUUACGUGGUAAUAUAACUGCUAGUUUUAAGUAAACUGGGAAACUUUUAACUUAUGUCUGACAGUCGUCCUGUGUUAAUGUGUAGAAAACUUAUCCUUCCAUAUACUGUUGCUGUAGCUGCUGUAUUUUAGACCAAAACUGAUCACGAUUUAAUGGUAAUACUGAAAGGUUGUGAACGUCCUGAUGCAGUUUGUAGCCACUGUGGGUAUAACUUUUCAGAUGUGUAUAUUGGUAACAGGUCAGUUUGGAAAGUCUAUAAGCUACAAUAAAUUUCUGGUUCUAAA